GGGGCCUCUCGCCUCUUUCCCCUCCCCCAACCCAACCCUAGCAGCCAUGGCGUGUGUGCUCCGAGCACGCGAAAACAAGCGUCUCAUCAUCAUGCCUCGCCGAAGAAGGCGGCGUCUGCAGGACCUCCAUCUACUUGUGCUUGGGUAUAUAUAAUCCACCAUGGUGUGGUGAGAUUGCUUGGCCUGGCUCAAGAGAUGACCCAUCCAUCUUGCUGUUGGUCGCAGACGUAGCCAACACACGACGACGAUGCGUCGGAGAUCGGAUCCUAGUGUGUGUAUGGGCUUCUCCGGUCCGUUUGGGGUGCCGGCCCAGCGGCCUCGUUGGAGGCCAACUGGAUCGACAAAGACGAGCCGAGACGCGGCCUCAGUAGGCAAACAUCAGACUACUCCACCCGAGCCGAGCCCCUUCCCGCUCAGAGUCGCAACCGCCCGCCCGCCCACCAUCCGCCCCCAAAUCUCUCCAUUGCUAGGGUUUUCCACCUCCGCCAUCGCGAAUCCUGCCUCUCCAUGGCGUUUCCGUCCGCUGAUGGAGGCGCUGAUGCCGGAUCCGGCGAGGGCGUGUCGGGCGCUGACUCCGGUGGCCGCGGCCAUGCUCGAGGGCACCCCGGCGAGGGCGCCGACUCCGGUGGCCGCGCCCAUGCUCGAGGGCACCACCCAGGCGAGGGCGCUCGCGGCGCUGACUCCGGUGGCCGCGGCCAUGCCCCAGGACACACCGGCGAGGGAUUCUCUUUGGCCAGGCCGUGGGAAGCACCAGGCCUGAAUCCUGGUCAACCUCUUCGAUGGUUCAGCAGGCUGGCUGUGGCCAUCGGGUUCAGGCCCGACCCCAACAAAAGGCGGGGCUACACCCCAACGCCAACUCAAAUCGCGCCUGUUGACCUCUCACCGACCCAGAUUGAAAGGGCUGAGCUGUAUCAAUUUAAGAAACAUCUUGAUGAUCUUUUGAAAGAGGCGAGGCUUAGGUUGAAGACUCCUGAUGAUUUUGAAACUAAUAUUUCUGUGACCCUCCUGAAGCCCUGGCAGGGUGUUCUUUUGAAGUCAGCGAUUGCCUUUGCGUCUAUGAAACGACCGGGUGCAAUUCAAAUGCGUUGGAAACUUGGCGUCACUGCUGUUGAUGUAGCGAUGGAGAAUCAAUCUAUAAAUAGCAAAUAUGUUAGAUUGCUUAACGAGUUCACUUGGAAUAUGAAAGCUUUGGUUGAUCACGCUCGAGAAAAUGAUGAAAUUUCUGCUGAAUCCGCUAGUAAGUUGCUAAAUGAGCUGAGGAAGUUUCACACAAAUGUUUCAAUGGUGUUGGCUCGUGAUCGCAGCCGUUUUUUGGAGGCAUUGCAACAGCUACCUGAAAAUGUCUCCUCUCUUGCUGAUAAGCUCUUAUCUUUUGGCAGUGUGUUCAGAGUUUUUAAUAGCUUUGCCGAUGUGGCAUAUCGUGUAUCCCAGAUGGGUGGUGACCCUGCACUUUUUGAUGAUAUAGGCAAGGAAGUUACUGAUAUGACAAGAGACCCGUUUUUGCUAAAUAGUGUAUAUUUGGGUGCAAUGCAGAACUAUUCUGUAACUUUUGGCUCUGAAAUUGUUGGAAUGAACCUGCUCAAGAAAAUGAUGUUGGGUGUGAGAAAUUUUGAUUUAUCAAUAUUCUUGUCCGCAUCGGAAGUUACACCUGGUCAGGCUGCUGAACCAAAUGGCGCUGAUGUUAAUCUGUAUAAUCAGCCGAAUUAUGCUGAGUUGCAUGCGGAGAAACUGUUUGCUGAUAACAUCAAAGGAAUGCUUCACAUACCUUACUCCCUUAGAAAUUCUAAACUUGAGUUGCAAUGUCUGCAACCAUUCCAAUCUAUUUCUGGUUGUAUUGGGCUGAACAGGGACAGAGAGCCAUCCUUUUCCAUAUCUAGUUUUUGUGGUGUUAAGGAUCUGAAAUUAUAUAAUGUUGAAAGCCUUGGGUUUGGUGGAAAGCUUCACAUAAAUGAUGGGGAUUCAUGGAUCAAUUGUUCUGCUGGUGUCUCUGUCUCAUCCCUGUGGUGCAACCUUGGCCUUACAUUUAAGCAACCAGGCCUCUUCACAGCAACUUGUUCCAGCCGUAUGGGCAAUCGUAGCACUGUUCUUGGGGGUUAUAUCAGUUAUAGCUAUGAGGAGGACCGGACCAAGUUUGCUGCUGGAGUUCAGCAUUCAGUUGAUAGCUCUAUGUAUCUGAAGAGCUGCAUUGGAAGUGACAAAGUCCUCAGAAGUUUUGUCUCCAAGAGCUUCGGCAAAUCCCGUCUCAAUCUUGUAGCUGAAGUUAAUUUCAAGGACUUCCGGAAGCUUUCCCGUGCUGGGAUUUAUUUUUCAUUCCCUUGAGACACUUAACAGGGUUGUUCGGUGAGGGAGUUUGCUGACAAUGAGAGUAAGGUUUCAAGAGUUGGCACCCCUUCAAGAAGUAUAUUUGCUCUUCCAGGUUUCAAGAGUUGGCACCCUUGUUGCUCUUCCAGGUCUCAAAAGUUGGCCUGAGCAAUUUUGUUGUGUUUUGUGAUGGAUGUACAGCACACAACAACACAAACCCCCCAUGGGUUUUGAGCAUCCUUUUGCUCUUGUAAAGUAACUUGGAUAGAUAGGAUUGCAUACGGUUGCGGGUUUUGAGCAUUGGUUUUGCUCCUGUAAAAAAGCUUGGAGAGACUAGACUGGUAGAAUUGAUUACCAGUUGGGCGGAGAUACGUUAGAAAGCAUACGUAAUAGUUGGGUUGGGCUCAUGUCUUUUAGGUCUUUGUACUGUGAUGAUGGAAAUGGAUCUGUUGUUGCAACUUGAUAGAAAUUGAUGUGUUGUUACGACCA